GCCGCGUUCCGGGCCCAAUGUGUUAGAAGAAGCCGGUGUUGUCAAGAGCAAAUUCAAGCAAGCUAGGCGGUGUGCUCACAGAGCAUUGCUGCUGCUUAAUGCGAUCUUGUUGUCAACUUUUUAAGACAUCUGAUUGACACGAUCAGCAAAGAUAUACAAAGUUUUGGUUCAUAAUUAGGGAAGCAAAGGCGCUUCUGAAAUAUUACUGCUCCGGUGUCAAGAGAGGUUUAUCAGUCAAUUAUAACCAGCAUAAAACUUGAUCUGGCAGAAGAUCACAAUGAGGGAAAAGCUGUCAUUAUGGGCACUUUUAUGCCUAUCAUUAGCACUCCUUCCUUCUCAGACAGCAUCAGUUGCUGUGAUGUCUGUGGACUUGGGCAGUGAAUGGAUAAAAAUCGCUAUAGUUAAACCUGGUGUGCCAAUGGAGAUUGUAUUGAACAAGGAGUCCCGGCGGAAAACUCCAGUUGCCGUGAGUUUAAAGGAAACCGAGAGGCUUUUUGGAGACAGUGCUUUAGCAGUGGCUGUCAAGAACCCCAAAGUGGUUUACAGAUUCAUCCAGAGCAUUUUGGGAAAGACUGCGGACAACCCACAGGUGGCACAGUAUCAGAAGCACUUUCCUGAGCACCAGCUGCAGAGAGAUGACAAAAGAGGAACAGUGCAUUUCAAACUCUCAGAGGAGAUCCAGUAUACUCCUGAGGAACUUUUGGGCAUGGUUUUGAACUACUCUCGUGGUCUGGCUCAAGACUUUGCAGAGCAGCCCAUAAAAGAUGCAGUAAUCACAGUGCCUGCCUAUUUUAAUCAGGCAGAACGCAGGGCAGUCUUGCAGGCUGCGCAAAUAGCCGGUCUGAAGGUCCUUCAGCUUAUCAAUGAUAAUACCGCAGUGGCUUUGAACUAUGGUGUCUUCAGAAGGAAAGACAUCAACUCUACUGCUCAGAAUGUUAUGUUUUAUGAUAUGGGAUCUGGCAGCACAACAGCUACUAUUGUCACAUAUCAGACCGUGAAGAGCAAAGAAUCCGGCACACAACCACAGCUUCAGAUCCGUGGAGUUGGGUUUGAUAGAACGCUAGGCGGCUUUGAGAUGGAACUACGGCUCAGAGAUCAUCUUGCCCAACUCUUUAACGAACAGAAGAAAUCCAAGAAGGACGUGAGGGAGAACUUGCGUGCCAUGGCUAAACUGCUUAAAGAGGCACAGAGACUAAAGACCGUGCUGAGUGCCAAUGCUGAACACACGGCACAGAUUGAAGGUCUUAUGGAUGAUAUAGACUUCAAGGCAAAAGUGACUCGCUCUGAGUUUGAGGCCUUUUGUGAGGAUCUGUUUGACAGAGUACCAGGACCUGUAAAAGAAGCUUUGGCUGCUGCUGAGAUGACACUGGAUGAGAUUGAACAGGUUAUUUUGGUUGGCGGAUCAACCAGAGUGCCCAAAGUGCAGGAUGUCCUUUUAAAAGCUGUGGGAAAAGAGGAACUGAGUAAGAACAUCAAUGCAGAUGAGGCUGCAGCGAUGGGUGCCGUCUAUCAGGCUGCUGCACUCAGCAAAGCCUUCAAAGUCAAACCUUUCCUGGUCAGAGAAGCUGCUGUUUUUCCCAUUCAGGUUGAAUUCAGUCGUGAGUCUGAGGAAGAGGAUGGUGCAAAGACGGUAAAGCACAACAAGCGUAUUCUGUUCCAGAGAAUGGCCCCAUAUCCCCAGAGGAAAGUCAUCACGUUUAAUCGCUACAUGGAUGACUUUGUCUUCUACAUCAACUAUGGAGACCUUAGUUUCCUCAGUGAACAGGACCUGAAAGUUUUUGGCUCUCAAAAUCUUAAAACGGUGAAACUGUCUGGAGUGGGCAGCAGUUUUAAGAAGCAUUCAGAUGCUGAAUCAAAAGGCAUCAAGGCCCAUUUCAACAUGGAUGAGAGUGGAGUGCUAGUUCUAGAUCGGGUGGAGUCAGUCUUUGAGACUGUUGUGGAGGAGAAAGAGGAAGAGUCUACACUCACAAAGCUUGGAAACACCAUUUCUAGCUUGUUUGGGGGUGGCAGCUCAGAAGCCAGCCAAAAUAUGACAGAACCAGUUGCGGAUGAAGAGGAAGUGACUGGGAAAGAUCAGGAUCAAGGAGAGAAACAGGAAGAGACUGCACAGGAGAAACCCGAGACGGAUGAAGGAAAGCAGGAAGAGCCACAGGCAGAGGAGCAGAAAGCUGAAAAAGAGGAGAAAGUGGAAACUCAGGAAGAGAAGGAAGCAGAGAAGGCAGAAAAACCUGAAGAGAAAUCGAACGGAGAGAAUGCAGAAGAGAAAGAGGCUGACAAGAUAGCCAUAACGCAUAAAAAGAGCAAAAUAUCAGAAGACAUCACAGUAGAGCUUGAGGUUAACGAUGUUCUCGAUCCAAGCACAGACGAUCUGGAAGUGUCCAAAAAGAAACUGCAAGACCUGACUGACCGCGAUCUGGAGAAACAUGAGAGGGAAAAGACCCUGAACAGCCUGGAGGCUUUUAUCUUUGAGACUCAGGAUAAGCUGUAUCAGGAUGAGUACCAGGCUGUAGUGACUGAGGAGGAGAAAGAACAGAUCUCAGGGAAGCUAAGCGAGGCGUCUAACUGGAUGGAUGAAGAGGGCUACUCUGCUGGCACAAAGGAGCUGAAGGAAAAGCUGUCUGAACUGAAUAAGCUUUGCAAAGCCAUGUUCUUCAGAGUGGAGGAGAGGAAAAAAUGGCCUGAUAGAUUGGCAGCUCUAGACAGCAUGCUCAACCACUCCACCAUCUUCCUUAUGAGUGCUAGACUGAUUCCAGAAGAUGACCAGAUUUUCACAGAGGUCGAACUGAAGACGCUAGAGAAAGUCCUUAAUGAGACCAUGUCUUGGAAGAAUGAUACAGUAGCUCGACAGGAGAAAUUGUCCCCGACAGAGAAGCCUGUCCUGCUCUCAAAAGACAUUGAAGCUAAACUUUCCCUCUUAGACAGGGAGGUCAACUACCUGCUAAACAAAGCAAAGUUUGCCAAACCCAAGCCUAAACCUAAGCCUAAAGACAAGAACUCCACCUCAGAAGAGAAUGGCAAAACGAACACCACAGAAGAUGCAGAGAAAGUUAUCCCUCCCAUAAGUGAAGAAGCUGAAAAGGUGAAGCCAGUGGAGGAGCCCCAGACUGUUGAAGAAAAAGAGGAAGAACCCAUUCUUGAACUAAAUCCAGCAGAAAAUACGGAUGAUACAGAAUCAACAGAGAGCAGUAAAUCGGUAAACCAUAUAGGGGAUGAAUUAUAACAACUGGAACACUUAAAGGAUUUUUUGUUGUAUUUAUUGACUCCGUUAAUUGGUUCAAAAUUUCAUUAAAUUUUUUUUCCCCUCAUCAAAACAUGGUGAAAUUGGAACAGCUUGAUAAAGACUGAAGGUGUAUAUUUCAGUGGUACCUCUUCCCAUCUGUUCUGUUUAUUCAGUGACCCCGAGACAAAACAAAAAUACCAAACCCAACUUAAGCCUGUGUGUUCUUUUUGUUCACAUUUAGUUUAGUUUCUUAAACAAUGAUGAAUUAAUGAUCUUCUCUCUUUCAAAAAAUGUCCGUUUGUCUGAGUCACUAUCUGAAACAAAUGGCAUGCUUGACCAAAGCAAACUUCUCCUUUUUAUAUGUUAAAGAAUUUGCAAAGUCGUUUAUGUGGAUUAUCUGGAAAUGUGUUUUUAGUAAAGGGUUAGGCUUUUGUUAUUUCCUCUGACUCAGAAGACACCUUUUGCUUUGCCUUUUGUGUCUAGAAAUGUAUAUUGGUGACAUGUGAUUUGGAGGAAAGGUGAAAUACCUGCUGAAUUGCGUGGCUCAUCAGCUUUACCAUUUUAGUGCCAGUUCCCUUUUCUUCUUGAGCUUGUUCCCAAAAAUGCGGUUUCAUACCUGUGAAUAUCUUCAGAUUCCUGCUUAAAACAUCAUCUGUAUUUAUGGACAUUAGUCUACUGCACUGACAACUAAACUGAAUUUCACACCUGAAUUAAGGCUGUGUUUGCCAUGACCUUGUCACUGGUUCUUUAUGUACAUGUUUUCACUGUGUGGAGAGAAAAGGGAGAAGAUUGUUUCUAAACUGUUAAUAAAGUAUCUUUCUUUUUAU